ACGAGCAUUUACAAUAAUAAAAGGUACUAGUUUUCAAAAGAAAAAAAGUAAACAAGCAGCUAAAAUAAUCAUUGUUACUCUUAUUAUUUUUAUCAUAAGUACGUCGGUUUACGAUCCUUUUCAUCGACGUUUAAUUGAUGAAGAAAAUGAUAGUGAAAUAAGAAUAUGGUGUAUUAUUACUUAUUCAACUAGUUUACAAGUAUUUAAUUCUGUAAUGCAUACUUUUCACUUUUUUGCUCCAUUUUUUAUCAAUUUAAUAUCAGCUAUUAUUCUGAUAACAAAGAAAUCUCAUCAACAAUCAAAUUUUCAAAUUCAUCGAACUCACAACCAACUUUUACGAGAACAAUUUCAUGAACAUAAAAAUUUAUUUAUUGCUCCAGUUAUAUUAGUCAUUCUUGCAUUACCACGUCUAAUAAUACAUUUUGUAUCGAAAUGUAUGAAAUCAGCAAGUGAUUCAUGGUUAUUUCUUAUUGGAUAUUUUAUUUCAUUUAUUCCAUCUAUGCUUACUUUUGUUAUAUAUAUAUUACCAUCAAAUUUUUAUAAAGAACAAUUUCAUAAGAGUAUUGCUCGAUAUCGAACUAAUAUACAAAGACGUUUGCAGAUUAUUUCAUCAAGAUAA